AUGCGUUCGCGCACUCUAGGAUACCGCCAGCCGUCCUGCUCCCGCCCGCCCGUUUUCGGAAGCGAUCGUCCCUGCCCCGAAACGCUGCUUCAUAACAGCUUAUUGCAAUCGUUCUUGUCUGAUACGGUUGCAAGGAAAUCGGUUGUCACCUCCGAGCGGAAGCCAUGGCCAAGCGAUGUCUCGCUCUCUUCUCGGGAUUCGUCUGGUACCUUCAUCAGCUCACAGUCUAAGUAUUGUCUGACGGAACUCGCAUCGCAACGUCGAGCAAUCAUUGCCUUCCCAGUUCUUCUAACCUUUCGACUUCUUCGUCCCUUCUAUUCUGUCGUUUUGGUGUUGUUGCACCGCCACACUGUGCUUUUGCCCUUGUUCAAGUAG